GGAUUACAUUAGUGCUUUGGGAAAUGCAUUAUCGAAACGAUACUCGUUCUUGAACUAGAUACUUCAUGAGAAGCGUGUACAUUUAAUCCCCGCAAUAAUCUUCGCGUAAAAGCAGGGUCGGUUCAAUUCUUUGGAAACUCGGAAAAAUGGGCGAUCAUAUUACUGAAAGCAACGUUUUCUCGAUUCUGGAAAAAAUUUGCGAAAACGAGGGUUCCUUGAAAAUUAGCGAGUCAGUUUUGAUUGGCAUUUCAAAGGCCCUGGCAGAUUUGAAGCAGAUUUGGGCGAAGCUCGGUUUGUCCCAGGAUGAACAAGCCGAAAAACUCGCAGAAUUUUCACAACGCAUUUUGGACAGUAUUGAUGAAUAUUGCGACAAUGUGCAAAACGCGCUUCGUGAUUCCAUAAAUGCUAAUGUGAAGCUGAGCGAGGCGAUUGACUCUUUAUGCAAAGAAAUGAACCUUGAUCGAACGAAAAUGCAUGAAAUCGUUGGAUCAGAGGACACAAUUUUCCAGCUUCAUCAAAAGUUAAGCACCGAAUUCAACUGGUUGCUGGGCAUCAAAGAAAGCACUUGCGCCGAAAUGACGGCGUUGCGUCAAGAGGAACAAGAGUUGAUUCGAACCAUGGAAGACAUUCCUUGUCUUCCGUACGACCCCGAAAAAUUCCCAACAGAUCUAGAUUUCAGGGAAAUCAACAGUCAGUUGUCAAUGUUGAAGGCCGAGAAAGAAAUCCGAAGCCGAAGAGCCGCCGAAUCCCGCUUGAAAAUUCUCCACUUUUGGGAUCUACUCGGGAAGAAGCCGACGGAAGCGUUUGAAAAGGAUAUACUUUCUAAUAAAAUGGUCCUGUCGCAAAAGAAUUUGGAGCUUUUGCAGAAAUUGGAACUCAAUUUGAGAGGAAAGAGGGACGAUGCCAAUAAGGAGCUUCAAGCGAAAAAAGAAGAAAUUGAGUCGCUGUGGAAACGUUUGGAUUAUGACCCGCUGUUGAGGGAGAGUUUUCGAAAAAAUUUCGGCAUCACAGACUGUCAACUUGCCAAGGUUAAAUAA